AUGUACAGCCCAAUGAAGCGCGGCGUCCGCCCUCUGUACACCAUCCUCCUGCUCAUGGCUAUGGCGGCCACUCUCACCUACAAGAUCCUAUUCCACCAGAACUGUUCCUUCCAGCUGGCAUACGAAGCCUUUUCCAUCAAAAGCCCUCGAAGGCCUGUUUUCAACGAAACUCUGUUGAAACACGCGGCCGUCGACCCCGGCGAGCCCCUAUUGAAGCGGGAGAUCGAUGACCUGCUUGAGGGGAACUUCAGGACACGUGGCCGCCAGAGGUCGUUCCUGUCUUCCGGAAACCCUCGCAUCGACCUGCGCAACAGCCACAGGCUCGGCUCGCCGGAUUUUUCCGAGCGCUUGUUAAUUUUAAGGAAAUACUUGGGCGAUUGGUCCCGAAAUCGCAAAUUCAGUUCGAAUAUAAUGUCCGAAUUGGCCGACGAGGUGAAAUCCCUGAUCGACGAGCAGAAUGGGCCCUACAAGAGCUGUGCCGUGGUGGGAAAUAGCGGGAUUUUGCUGAAGAGUGAUUACGGCGCGAAAAUCGACGGCCACGAGGUUGUGAUCCGUCUGAACAAUGCCCGGACAAAGGGGUAUGAGAAGAAUGUGGGGGCAAAAACAAAUAUCUCGUUCGUCAAUAGCAACAUAUUGCACUUGUGUUCCCGUAGGAUAAAUUGUUUUUGUCAUCCGUACGGCGAUAAUGUGCCGAUCGUCAUGUAUAUCUGUCAGCCCAGGCAUUUCUUCGAUUACUUGGCGUGCAAUUCUUCGCAUAGAGCUCCUUUGACUGUGACGGACCCUCGUUUUGACGUGUUGUGUGCUAGAAUCGUAAAGUACUAUUCUCUGAAGAGAUUUGUUGAGAAAACGGGGAAGGAUGUGGGAGAGUGGGCCCCGGCUCACGGUGGCGUGUAUUUUCACUACUCGUCCGGAAUGCAGGCAGUUAUGCUGGCGCUUGGUGUUUGCGAAAAGGUUAGCAUUUUUGGUUUUGGGAAAUCGGAGUCGGCCAGGCACCAUUACCACACGUUUCAGAAGGCUGAGCUGUCGUUGCACGAUUAUGAGGCGGAGUACGAUUUUUACCGUGAUUUGGUGGAGAGGCCAUGGGCAAUACCGUUUGUGUCGGAUAAGUAUGAGUUCCCUCCGGUUGUAAUGUAUCACUGA